GAUUUGGAAGAAAAUAUCUACUGCUUCAUGGCGCAUACAAAUAAGAUAAGAAGCGGGAAAUGUAAGGAUGGUAAACAAGACGGAACGCUGUGGAAUAAGAUCGGGGAAUACCAUGAAAAAGAAUAUCAGUAGAUAUUACAGUUCCAGGGAUGGCUACAUUGAGUUUAACACAUACAACAGGAAUUAUAUUUACGGUAUAGAUUGUCUGGAGGAUGAAUUACCUGAAUUGGACGACGGUUUACAAGACAAUCCAGAACUAGACCAAUAUGGCGGUGGCUUAAACUCCUCAACCAAGGACAAAGAAGGUGUUCUGUUUUCUUUGAAUAAACGGAAAAGGUGGGAAUGUUCCGAAACCAUCGAUACUACGCCAAAGAUUUGGUGGGAGGAAACAUUGCGUGUAGUCGUCGUUGAGAGAAGGACAAUUUUGACGUAUGAUGAGACGAGAAUCCCACUGAUACCCCCUCACUGGAACGACUGUGAAAGGUAUCAGGACAGCAAAGCCCCUUUUACCGUAGUUCUACCAAAUAAAGAACACGCGCCGUCCAGUUUCUCAGAUCUUCGAAGAAAGUGUGUAGGGAGUGGAAAGGGAGGUAAUUUAUUGCCUCAAGUAAAGGAGAGAAAAAGAUGGCGGCAUAAUCAGAAAUGUCGACUAGGAAUUCAACGAAAGUCGGAAUUAAUAUCCCAGAAGCCAGCAGUCAACAAUAGAAAACCAUUCAAGACUAAAGAGUUGUUAGCUGGUCUGGAUGGAGAAAUCCCAGAAGUUAGAUACACAAUCACCAAGCCAACAUUUUCCUCACGUUUCCGACCACAGAGGUUUUUAGAAUGGAUGUUUUUAAGAUCCCGGGAACUUGUACGGUACUCAAAUGUACGAGUAGGAAGGCAACAUCUAUCGAAGAAAGCUAUGUCAAAACAGAAAGGAUGUGUGAAUGGAAGAAAGACUAAACACUGGCAUAUAUGGAACACCAAGGACACAGAGGAGUGUUUAAUGAUUGGAUAUAACACAGUUACUUCCUCUUCAGAGUCUUACGAAGUAGAUACUACAGACAACAAAGAAAUGAUGGUUCAGGGGACUUCUUUUCCUAAUUAUGGGAAACAAAUAAUGUCUUUAGAAAAGAAAUCGACAUUCGAUGUGAGCAUAAAGGAUCUGUUGAGGAAAUAUGUUGAGCAAAAUAAUAAAAGGCCAAAGGGAAAACGGACAAGAAAAAGAUUUGAUCCAUUUAAAGCUAAAAAUAACAAAGCUGAUCUUGCUGCUGGGGAUCAAAGAGACCAUGUUGUGUACCCGAGUGCAAAAUCUGAAGAUGUAAAGCGUGAUGUAAAUAGUGAGACCAAAGAAAAUGUAUCAUUUACAAAUGUUAAUACAGAACCACAAACAUUUAUAAACUGUGUGAUGAAAAGGUCUGAGUUCGAUGAUUUUAUGAGAAGUAGAUUUGUGCAACUUUCAGAGAGUUGCUUUCCACCCAUCAUAUUCAUUCCAUUAGGUCAUAAUAUCAACGGAAACUCCAAACAUUUUACACAAGACAAACUUCCAUCAGCGCUUCUGUUGCAAGAAUCCACGAAAUCAGUGGUGCAUGAUACUACACAACGCACAGGUAUCUACAGAUUGAAAAUAUAUGCCGAAAAUGAAAUCUUAUGGAAUACAUUGAAUGAGAAAAUAACAGCGUAUCUUUCUAGCUGUGGUUCAUCGCCAUUUUCUCUUUGGGAAUUCUACAAUCUUUCAAAGAGCAUAGUCAAAGAGGAACAACAUUUAACAGAGGAGAAACCAGUCUACGUAACAAAAGUGAGCAAGCCGCUUUUUGACUGGAUGACCACGGUAACGUACAGGGUAUCUACUAUUGACCAUGUCUAUAGGUCACGCUUAAAUCAACUAGAACUAAAGACUCCACACCUGCCGUAUCAGAUGACAAAUGGAACUGGUCUGAAAACCUUCACCUGUUCUGUGUGUUUAACGUCUGUAGGAAAUAGCGGUCAACACGAUGGACUUCUUUUGUUACCAUGUCAACACAUAUUUUGCAGAAACUGUGUAAUUCAGUACAUUGUAAACCAAAUAGAGCAGGGAGCAACGGAAGUGACGUGUUUGGCAAAUGACUGUGAUAGUAUUAUAGACGAAAUAAUGAUUUUGUACUUGGUCUCGUGCCACUUAUACCGUUCUUGGAGAGAGAGGCAUAGAAAGAGAAUGGUUAUGUCUCGCGAGAUUUGGAAGUGGUGUCCAAAUCUCAAAUGUGGCAAGAUCGUUUCUGUUUCAGACAAAAUUGCAAAGUUUGCGGGAACUGAGCGCCUUAAAUCUCUGUCUGAGCGGCGGGAAGUGACGUGUGUAUGUAAAUCGGAAUUCUGUGUUGAUUGUCAACAACCUCCUCACUGGCCAGCCACCUGUCAUCAAGCACGGGCCUACCACAAAAUAUCGGACCACGUCAUAGAUGACGUAGCUAUUGGUGGCGAAAGAAGUUUUCUCAUCGAAGUUAAGUCAUGUCCUCGAUGUCAGGAGAAAAUUAACAAGAAUGGGGGUUGUCAGAUGAUGACGUGUAGGUGUGGGAACACUUUCUGCUGGUUGUGCUCAAGACCGGUGGCGGAUCACAGGAAAAACGGCAUAUGCAGGGGUAGUUCAAAAGAGGUAGUGGAAUUUUCAAGCAGGAUCAAUUACAAAUUACCAACAAAUUACAUUGAAAAAGCAAUAUCUUGUCGCUUAUUGCAAAGGAGACUUACGAAAUGGAAACGGACAAAUUUUGGACGUGUUCAGUACAAAAUGGAAGAGGUGGAUUUUGAAAAGACUGCUGAAAGACAUCCUGGGAAACUACAAGAUAAAGCUACUGCAAAAGUGGCCGAAUUCCGGCACUUGAAUUUGUUUAUCAAGACAUUAAAUCUUUUGGAGAACAUUUACAUCUCACUACCUCCAAUAUCAAAUAGCUUUCAGAGCAGACGUCUAAUGAAAUGUGAGGAGAUUGUGAAUCGCGUCGACUUCAUUUCAAAACGACUAGAAGAGAUGCUGCUGGGUACAAUUACACUGAAGGAUUGCCAAAAAAUCAAAACAUAUCAGAAUCUACUCUCAGAUAAAUUGUGCGAUCUGUGUCUACUUUCUAUUUGGAUCAGGAAGGAGCUACGAGCCACGGAUCAGUGGAGGGACUGGGCGGAAGACUCUAAUUUGUCUCUAUUAACACGGGCUUCCCAUGAAGUCCGACGUUCUAUCACCAGAAAAGGCAGCUCUACAUAAGAUUUCUACAUGACAUUUGUAUAUACCCCGAUCAACAUGUAUUUUCUACUGAAAAAUGAUAUUCAAGAGAAGCAUUUUCAUUUUUGGAGGCACUGCUGCAUUCGCUUAAAGGGGGCCUUUGUUUAGUCUAGUCAAAAUCAAAUAUAUGUAACUAUUAUUUAUUUCAUUCACAACUUAUCAUAAAGCAUUCAGACUAUUUCAAUAAUCCAGUAAUGCUUGCCCCUUUAUGAGCAUUACAAUAAAAUGUGAGAACAAUUGAGAUAUCUGUGAUUAACUAGUGUAAAGGUUCAUUUGAAAUUGUAAUCAGAAACAUUACAGUGUCUGUUUUUGUUUAUUUAAAAUUAUUUAUUACUUAUUAAUGUACAUGUUUUAUACCCCACUGUCCCGUUUUUCGAUGUUUGCAUAUA